AGUUGCCUCGGCUCCCGCGGUUUUUCAACGGCGCAUGGAAACCGUCCUGGCUGGCCUUCCAGCCGUGCAGGUGUACUUGGACGACGUAUUAAUAGCCGAGCGUCCAGACAGUAACGACUCCGUGCUCCGGGAUGUUUUGCACCGGCUACAAGAAAACGGUGUCAAGCUGAAGGCAGAAAAAUGUCACUUCAGUAAAGACUCAAUCGUCUAUUUGGGGCACCGGAUCGACAAAGACGGCUUGCACCCGUUGGAAAAGAACCUGGCUGCAAUACGUGAUUCACCACGGCCUACGAAUGUGAGCGAACUGCGCUCGUUUUUGGGUCUGCUGUCGUAUUAUCACCGGUUCCUGCCACACAUGUCAGCCAUGUUGGCCCCCUUGUAUUUUCUACUAGAAAAAGAGCAUAAAUGGGAGUGGGGUGAAACCCAGGAAAAAUCUUAUCUCAAGGCGAAACGAACGCUUCUCAGCUCACCAGUGCUGACAUAUUUUCAGCCCGACCAACCAGUGCGGUUGGAAUGUGAUGCAUCACCGUCGGGUUUAGGUGCCGUCAUCUCGCACCGCAUGGGCCACGUGGAUAAGCCCAUCGCUUUCCGUUCACGCGCACUGACGCGCGCCGAAAAAAAAAUAUUCGCAGCUCGAGAAGGAAGCUCUGGCGCUGGUGUUCGGAGUCUCAAAGUUUCGAGACUACCUGUUGGGCCGCGAGUUUGUGUUGGUGACGGACCACCAACCACUUGUGGGUCUUCUACGAGAAGAUCGACCGGUGCCUCCAAUGGCGUCGGCGCGUAUCCAGAGGUGGGCUCUGUUCCUAAGUCAAUACCGGUACCACAUCGAGUACAGGGCCGGGAAGCAAAACGCCAACGCAGACGCACUUAGCCGUUUGCCAGUGCCGACACCAGAGGCCGUUUACUCGGAAACCUUGCCAGAAUACGUGCUGUCCACAGAGAAUCUUGACAGUUCGUUCGUGCCAGCUGGUGCUUUGAGGGCUCUGACGAGUGCAGACAAAGAUCUUUGUGUUGUCCAGAACUUCAUGCUUAAUGGAUGGCCUAAACGUCUCUCAUCAUGUCACAGUCAUCUUCAACCUUACUUUUGCAGAAGACUGGAACUGUCGAGCGCAGAAGGUCUGCUCUACUGGGGUCAUCGAGUUAUCAUACCCUGCAAGGCGCGGGGGCCCAUGCUCUCCGAGCUACACCGGUCACACCAGGGAGCAUCUGCGAUGAAAAGACUGGCUCGGACACUGUUCUGGUGGCCAGGGUUGGAUAGUGAGAUCGAAAAUCUCGCUCGUUCAUGCAUGCCAUGUGUACAAGCCCAAACUAUGCCACAUCGCCAGGAGCCUAUCAGUUCGCCAGAAACCGGGAUAAAGUGGUCACGGCUUCACAUUGAUUAUGCCGGGCCAAUAGACGGGCGCAUGCUGCUGAUAGUCGUCGACUUGCACACGAAGUGGAUGGAGGCACUCCCGGUCAGGUCGGCAACCACCGAAGUCACAAUAACACGUCUUCGCGAAUUAUUCGCGCGUUUUGGCUUGCCGCAAACUGUAGUGUCUGAUAACUGGCCCCAGUUUGCAAGUCAGCAGUUUGCCCAGUUCAUGACAGACAACCACAUAACGCAUCUGCGCAGUGCCCCGUACCACCCACAGUCUAACGGCCUUGCGGAACGCGCAGUUCGCACUAUCAAGGACGGCCUUGUCAAACAUUCAAUGGUGAACGAUCUCGACGCCAAACUAGCGCGAGUAUUGCUAGGCUACCGACGCACGCCCCUACCGUGCGGAAAGUCUCCUUCGGAACUGCUGCUUAAUUAUCAAGUGCGUUCACGCUUGGAUACAUGUGUGCCAUCUUUAUCUCGGAGUCGUUUCCAGCCUUCCAGAUUCCAGCCCGGGGACCCGGUGUGGGUGCGCAUCUUUGGACACGGGAGGCGGUGGUGCCCAGGCGUCAUCAAAGGCACCGAAGGUUCGCGCCUCGUGACAGUCGACACACCAGGCGGACCAACCCGGCGUCACUUAGACCAGAUUCGCCCGCGGGUGUCUAGGUCACCCGGGACUCCAAUGGCGGAGACUUUCGAAUCAGUACCGCCCAGCCCUGAAAACGGGGAGCAGCAGGAGUCACCACGAGAGGAGCGGUUAAGCCCGUCAACUCCAGCACGCAAGGACGCUGUUCCCGUUCCUUCUACAACGCCACCAGCAUCUCUUCCAGCUGUGGGGGCUUCCCCAACUCCUCCGGUCUUACGAAGGUCUACCCAACUACGAAGACCUGUGCAAAGACUCAAUCUUUGAAAGAAAAGGGGAAGUGAUAAGAAGUGCAGUGCCAACACGUGUCAAACG